GCAAGAGCCAGGAAAGUGCUGGGGGUGAGGGUUAAACAAAGCACUCAUGCAAACACCAGGGUAUUUAUGGACUGCAACAACUAUUCCUAAGUUCAAUUAAACUAUGAUGCCAGAAAAUCCCCACCCAGAAGAAUACAAGAUUUCAUCACUGGUCUUCUACAGCUUUGUGUUCACAGUGGGAUUGUUGGUGAAUGCCACUGCACUAUGGGUGUUCAGCUGCACUACCAAGAAGAGAACAACUAUAACUGUAUAUAUGAUGAAUGUUGCAUUACUUGACCUAGUUUUUAUAUUUUCCUUGCCCUUUCGGAUCAUCUACCACGGGACAGAAACGUGGCCUUUCGGAGAUACAUUCUGCCGGAUCCUCGGGGCUUUCACUGUGUUCUAUCCAGCCAUUGCUCUGUGGCUGCUCGCUUUUAUCAGCGUAGACAGAUUUAUGGCUAUUGUCCAGCCCAAACAUGUCAAAGAGCUAAAAAAUACCAAAAAAGCCGUGCUGGCUUGCACUGCAAUCUGGAUAAUGACCCUCUCAACAACAUCCCCAUUGGUGUUUCUACGAUCUGAUCCAGACCAAGCCUCAAAUUUCACCACCUGCUUGAAAAUGCUUGAUAUCAUCCAUUUAAAGGAAGUAAAUACUUUGAAUUUUUGUCGCUUGAUUUUUUUCUUUUUGAUCCCUUUGUUUAUCAUGAUGGGGUGUUACCUAGUUAUUAUUUAUAAUUUUAUUCAUGGCAAGACUUCCAAACUGAAGCCUAAGGCCAAGGAGAGAUCCAUAAGAAUUAUAGUUACUCUGAUUGCUCAGGUACUCAUCUGCUUUGUACCCUUCCACAUUUGCUUUGUCUUCCUGAUGCUGCAAGAUGAAAAUACAAGUUACAAUCCCUGGGCUGCCUUUACCACCUUUCUCAUGAAUCUCAGUACAUGCUUGGAUGUUAUACUGUACUACAUUGUUUCCAAACAAUUCCAGGCAAGAGUCAUCAGUGUAAUCCUUUAUCGCAAUUACCUACGAAGCGUGCGCAGGAAAAGUUUUCGAACUGGAAGUGUAAGAUCACUCAAUAAUAUGAACAGUGAAAUGAUAUAA